AUGGAUGUUGACUCGGAACCACUCAGUUCACAAGACAAUGUCGAAGAUCCCAUGAUGACUAGUGUGGAAGAAAAUGUUAACUGCACUUGUGAUUGUGGUGGCAGCAGUAGUAAGUGUGUGACUGUGACGGCCGAUGAUAUUAUAAACCAGACCUUUGAAACAUCAGAUGCAGCUUAUAACUUGUAUGUACGUUAUGCGAGUGUCUCGGGUUUGGAGUUUGCAAAGGUGAUACAGCACGUGGAAAAGAUGAAACACAGCGCAGAAGGAGGCCAAGCCGGUGGUUAUGCCAAUAUCGGGUUCACAAAGAAGGACCUAGAUAAUCACUUUCAAAGAGCUCGUCGUGCAAUGCUCAUUGGUGGGGAUUCCAAUGCGACGAUUAGCUAUCUACUUGGGAAAGCAGAUGUCGACCCGAUGGCCAUGACAAGGUACAGUGCUACUGAUGAAGAUGGCAUUUGUAGGUCCGAUUAUCAGUGCUUUGGAAAUGUGCUUGCAUUCGAUACAACCUACCGGAAGAAUAAGUACAGAAGGCCCUUGGUAAUCUUCUCAGGUUGUAACCAUCACCGCCAAACAUGUAUAUUUGGUUUUGCCUUGGUAGAGGACGAACAGACUGCAACAUAUACGUGGUUGUUGCAAAACUUUCUAGAAGUCAUGCUGAACAAGUCUCCUAGUGUUGUGGUCACAGACGGUGACGAAGCAAUGAAGGCAGCAAUUCGAGAAAUCUUCCCAGAUGCAACUCACCGAUUAUGUGGUUGGCACAUUCAGAAGAAUGUAACGGAAAAUGAAUGGGUUCUGAGUGAAUAUGAGAAGAGGAAAAGUUGGGCAAGCGCUUACUUGAGGGAUAAAUUCUGUGCUGGAUUUAGAACAACAUCAAGGUGUGAGGCGAUAAACAACUUCAUUAAGAGGUUUAUUGGCAUUCGCCAAAGUCUUCUAGAGUUGGUCAAAAAUCUUGAACAUGCUCUUAGGGACUAUAGAAACAAUGAAUUAGUUUCUCAAUUUAAGACGCUGUAUGGGGAGCCCGUUCUAACUACUGGGCUAGAAGCGUUGGAGCUUUCUGCUGCCAAUUUUUACACUAGGGAGAUUCUUGGAGAAGUAAAAAAGGAGAUUCAAGGAGUAGUCGCAUUAGAUGUAAUAAAUGAGGAAAACAUAUCAACCACUGUUGUGAAAAAAAUUAAGGAGUGUGACAGGAGACAACAUAUUUAUAACGUACUUUACGAUCGCAAUACUGAGCAUAUGGAGUGUGAAUGUAGUCGGUGGAGUAGUGAAGGCAUUCCUUGCAGGCACAUGUUUUGUGCAAUGAAAAGGGUAGGUUUACCGAAGUUGCCAGAUAGUCUUCUUUUGAGAAGAUGGUCGAAGGAUGCCAAGAAGUAUCUGGAUGAAAGUUCUGCUGGAGGCACUACGCAAGACAGAGAAAGAGAAUUUUUAAUGCGCUAUGGCGCAUUGUCAGUGGUAGCUACGUGGAUGGUAUUCUUAGGAGCUCAAGAUGGUCCUUCUUUCCAUGACACUAUGAAUGAAGUCUGUCGUUGGACCAAACACUAG